UUAACGUCUUCACCCUGAAAGGUUACCCAGAAGCUUCUCCGGCGGAUGGGGGUGCACGAUGUCUGGGAAAGCUCACUUCCGACGGUGAAGAAUGGCUACUUCGGACGGCUAGUACAGGAGGCCUCUGACAAUCAAAGACGGUCAGGAGCAAGAGAUAAGCAGCCGUAUGUGAUCGAGAAACAGUGAUCUGAUUUCUGGAUAUGAUCUCUCUCUUCAAUGCUUGUUCGAGUUUUCAGGAGUUUUUUGUUUUAGCGUCUAACGGUAACUAAACAAAGAAUAGAAGAAAGAUGCCUGGUACCGAGCAGGAGGUGCGCAUCAACGGCCACUCUUCCCCUUCUUCUGUUGCUUUCCAAGCAAAACAAAACGGCAUGACCAAGAAGCUCCCCUCCGACUCUGUUAUUAACCUUGACCAUGGUGAUCCAAAAAUGAUAGAGCCAUAUUGGCAGAAGAUGGGGGACAAGUGCAUAGUGGUGAACUCCGUCUGGCAAUCGCUAAGCUACUUCUCGGACAUUACAAACUUGUGUUGGUUUCUGGAGCCAGAAUUAGCGGAAGAGAUCAGACGCUUGCAUCAUUUGGUGGCCAACACUGAACCAGAAGGUCGUUACAUCGUGGUGGUACCGGUUCAACACAACUCUUUCAGGCAGCGCUCUAUGCUUUACCAUCUCCCGAUUCAGCAGAGCCGAUCAACGUCGUUUCAGCCGUUCCAUACUAUUCGACUCUCUCUCUCUCGCUCGCUCGCUCGCUCGCUCGCUCUCGCUCUCUCUCUAGUUUAGGUUAAUUAAUGGUGGAUUAGUACCUUGAGGGAAUAAAAUUAGUGGUUUAUACGUGCAGGCCAUCAUGUUAUCAAGUGCUUAUAAAGUUUCUAUGGCCAAAGAAAUUUAAAAAAAAAAUAAGGAAAAAACUUUUGGCCUUAAUUACUAUACUUAUGCUCAUUGAUUAAUCAAGUUUUUAAUUAAUUUGCGUUGAAUUACUUCUUCCUUGCUGUCUUAUCCGGCGGUCACCAAUUUCUUAAAGUCCGGGAUCUACAGAUGGGCCGGCGACGCAUACACAUACAAAGGCGAUCAACCUUACAUAGAGCUCGUACCCUCCCCAAAUAAUCCAGAUGGGUUUAUUCGGGAAACGGUGGUUAACCGGAGCAGAGGGAAGCACUGGCCAUGCUGUUCACCAUCGCCAAAAGCACUGGCCAUGCUGGGUCACCAUCUCCAAAAGCACUGGUCAUGCUACGUCACCGGAAGAUCUCACGCUGGGUCACGCAGCUCAUUCAUGACCUCAUGCUAUUCUCAAGGCCGUGUCUGAUGGUUGUAGACAGGACUUCUUUGACUAUGGAAGAAGCCCCAUGGCCAAGAGAUGGGAGUGUUUGAGAAAUGUUAUUUGUGUCCAGUUGAACUGCCGAACUCGUGUUAAUGGGCCUUUUACCGUGAACAUUAUACGUUCUCCCAUCUGGUCGACGUGGUCGAUUGUGACUGUAUUGUAAUCGACGGAAGUUUCGUAUUC